AUGACCGACACGCCAACGAAUGGGCUCAAAAGCCCUUUCGAACGAUUCGUCGCUUUACGAGAAGAAAUGUCGGAUGGGUUCACACUUUUAGACACCCUCGAAACGUAUUUCGAUUCUCAUGUCGACCUUUUCCAACGCAAACUCCAAAAGCACAGCGAUAGACUCAAACUCAAAGCUACUGAAACUCAGAACCGGAUGAGAGAUCUCUCACUCGCGCCUGGAGAACAAAUUGCGGAAGAGGUUAAGAAUUUCAAGUUAAAGGUUUCCCAACGAAUGACCAAACUGUCGUCCACCUGGCAAUCGGCCAAAGUGGUUCGUACCCGCGAAAAAGUGUCGUUUUUCGUCGGAGUGAUGACUCUCCUAUUCUCGUCUCUCAUGUUUUCACUGGCACCGGAGUGGAUACCGACGACAUACACGGUGCUAUCGUUCUACCUGCUCUCGUUCCGGGUCUACCUGUACAAGAAAAAGAUGUGGCAUUAUUUCUUGUUUGACCUAUGCUACUUUGUGAAUUUUCUGAAUCUGUUCUGGAUGUGGGUUCUUCCGCAGAACGCGGCGUUGUUUGUGAGUUGCUAUUGUUUGACGAUGGGGAGUUUGGGGAGUGCGGUUGUGACUUGGAGGAAUAGUUUGGUGUUUCAUGAUUUGGAUAAAGUGACGAGUUUGUUCAUUCACUUGUAUCCUCCGUUUACGUUUACGGUUAUCCGGCACUUUUAUCCGAAUGCGGAGGAGAGAUUUCCAGCGUUGAGAGAGUUGCCGCAUAUGCAACCGGUCAGGGCGAUUAUGUUGAGUGGAGGGAUAUAUCUCAUCUGGCAACUGCUCUAUUACAAAUUCGUGAUGGUGGACCGAUGGGCCAAGAUCAAAUCCGGACAACGGACGACGUCGUUUUCGUUUCUGAUAAACGAGAAACGAGGGGUGAUCGGACGGGCGUUUGCAGGGAUUCCAAUCGAAUACCGGAUACCGACGUUUAUAGCAGGACAGCUGGUGUAUACGAUCUUGACGGAAGUGCCGGCUGUGUAUGUGUUGUACGACUCUCCAUUCUGGUCUGGGGCGUUUCUGAUUGGGAUAUUUGGGGUGAGUGCGUGGAACGGAGGAGGCUAUUACAUUGAGGUGUUUGGGCGAAAGUUUGAACGCGAGUUGGAAGCACUGAGGAAAGAGCUGGCAGAGGUAACGAAGAGUGGGAGGUCGAGUCCGACGUCGUCAGCAGAGUCGUCACCCACACUGGCGAGCACGAGUCUGAAGGAAGAGUAA